AUGAUCAGCACACAGUCCAGAGAUUGUGGUUCCAGCUACGUGGCGGUGCUAAGAGGAAAGUGUUCGGAGUUUUGCCCUGCGUACUACGAAGGUCUUGUCGGCGCUACGCGGGCACGAUACGAGACGAAGACGAAACUCUGCGACGGCGUGGACCCUUACACACUGAGAGUCGGCGCGGAUGCGACUGCAGAUGUGGAGCUGCUGCCAGCUACAACGCAGGUGGACAUAAUCAAUUACCUGGUUUUAUCAACCAGCUACGUCACAUUGCAGCAGAUGAAGGUGUAUAAAUCGCUGGAUGCACACAACUACUUCACCAGCGGCUGGGUGCGGAACAUUGCAGCAAUGCGGCUCCAGUCGGAGCGCGUCAUCGUACUCGGCGAGGUAAGCCAUUCCCAGCGGCUUCGGGAGCCAAACCUGAAAGUGUGGUGCUUAGCAAACACAGAUGGCAGCAUUAUAACAGCGCACUGCACCUGCAUGGCAGUUGCAGGGGAAGCAUGCUCGCACAUUGGUGCUGUGCUAUUUGCUGUAGAGACAUCAGUGCGCUUAAGAGAAACGAGAACAUGCACAGGAAGAAAAAAUGCCUGGCUCCCAGCCAAUUGCUCUGGCACACAGCCCAAGAGACAGAUUUCUCGUCAUCCAAGAUGA